AUGUCUACUUCACGUAUUGCCGUCCUGGCCCAAAAGGCGCCUAAGCCUUACUCCUUUUUAUCCCAAGCGAUCAUUUCAGGGAGCCAUAUUUUCUGUUCUGGUCAAAUUGGCUACAAGCCAGACACGGGUAUCCUUGUCGAAGGGACGAUCAAGGACCGCACUAAGCAAACUCUCUCCAACCUGCAAGCUGUCCUAGAGGGGGCUGGAGCCUCCCUGCAGGAUGUUGUCAAGGUCAAUAUCUACAUCACCGAUAUGGCAAAAUUUGCAGAGAUGAACGAGGUUUAUGAGACGUUUUUUGUCGAUCCCAAGCCUGCACGAACAUGUGUUUCCGUUCAGGCUUUGCCACUGGGCACUGAUGUUGAGAUCGAGUGCACCGCAAACCUGCCACAGGAUUCGAAGUUGUAA